UGCAUGAGCCAUUUGUUUAUAUAUUUCCAACCUGCAACGGCGACAGAUUGAAACUCGUGCUAAAAGUGUUCUUAAAAACUACUCCUCAAAAUGAAGCGUAAAUCCGAUAGUGGUAAUAAAAAACCGUUUCAGCGGAAAACGACAGAACUGGUAUUUGAUCCACAAAAGCGGAUCGAGUUUCUGACUGGUUUUCACAAACGUAAGCAGCAUCGCCGGAAGGUUGCUCAAGGAGAAAUGCAACGAAAAGUUAAAGAGGAAACGAAAAGGAUACGUGCAGAGGCGAAAGACAAAAUGCGUAACCUUUAUCACUCGUACAAGCCAAUACCGGAACUGACGGAAGAGGAUAAAGCGGAUCAUCAGGAAGAUGAGUACGAUACGGAAAAUGUUACAGUAAAGGUAGUGGAGUUGUCCACCCGUGAUCUGGCAAAGAAAAACAAUUGGAUCGGUGAAAAUCAUGGUGCAGUGAAGGAAGACGAAGAAUCCGAACCUGACGAGGCAACUGAUGAUGAUGAAAUGGAAGAACAAGAGCUUGGUGUUAUUCCUGGCAUGGAGCUGGAAGGAGAGAAAAAGGUUAAACGAAAGCAUAGUAAGUUAGCCGAAGAGGAUUUGUCGAACGAUGAACGCACGGAAAAAGACAGCCAAACUGAACCAGAAAAAACGAAACCGAAGAAGGGACCCGUUCUCAACCUGGAUGGCAUCCGUUCAAAGAAAGAGUUGAACCAUAAGCUUAAACGCUACGCAAUGAAAUCUAUGAAGAAAAGCCAGGCUUUCCGACAGAAGGCGCGUGAGCAUAAGCAAAAACAGCUUAAAAAUUCCCGACGUAUUCGGCAUUUCAAGGAAAAACAUUUGAAGCAGAAAAGGGGCUUCAAGAAACAGAACGCGGGCACCGCUGGCAGAGAAACAAGGCGAAAACGAAACGUCGAUUGAAUGAGGCAGAGAACGCAUAAAAACAUACAGAUAAUAAAUGUACACUGUUGUUCACUUA